GAAGAAUCAGAACUCCGCAGCAAGUCUCAACGAGCAACCACUGCUGACCAAAGCGCCAACCGUAAAGGCAAAGCCCGCUUCCUUCCUACCUGGAUUGCUGUUCUUGCUCUUCCUAUUCUAGUCCUUGACAGGCCCUUUCAAUCCGUUUCACAAAGAUACAUCUGUACGAAAAUGACACUUUCAAGACUUUUCCAAGCGCUCGCUCUUGUCGUCUCGAUGUCGGAAGCUUUUAUCGGCUCAUCCCGUUCCUCUCGCUCUUCCUUCGCCUUGUCGAGCAAAAACUCGGAUCGGGCACACAUUGAGCGCAAUCUCGAAGACAUGAUGGACAACGACUGGCGCUUGUUCCGCGCCAAGCUUGUGGCGCAGGAAAAGGCCCAAAAUACAGCGAACGUCAAAGAGUCUCCGACAGUCUCAGCUUCUUCGGAAACAUCCGCGGAGCUUCCCAAGCCGUUGCCUCUCGGCGUGGACGAGAAACUUACCAAACAGGGACAACUUUCGGAAAUCUUUGCCGGUGCUAUUUCCAGUAUCUUUAAAAAGGACAAGAACGUGACAACCAAUGCCAGGGCUGUACCAAGCAGCCGCACGAGCUCCAACGAAGACAUUUUUCACGGUGACCACGUGGGUGGUGCUGAUUUCAGUCAAAUCUCUUCGGAUCCGUUCGUUAGUGCUGACGAGCUACCCUUGUGGAUCGACACUUCUCGGACUCCCAAAGUGGACAAGCACCGUUGGGCGCACGAAAUUUCGCACGUGGAGCCUGGAUGUGUUCUCAUUGCCAACGAAAAACUUGGAGGCGUCUUUCACCAGACAGUUGUUUUGAUCAUUGAUCACCACGAGACGACGGGAUCGACUGGAAUUGUCAUUAAUCGACCUAUGGAUGGUGACUUGCUCAAGAUCGCUUCGGAACAAGAGAGCUCUCUGGAUUUGUCGCUUAAACUCGCCUUUUCGCAAGCGCGCGUCACGUACGGCGGUCCCGUAUUGACGGACGAAUUCUCCGUCUUGCACGGUUUUGGUGAGGUCGAAGGUUCCCGGAAACUUUGUCCCGGUGUCUACAUUGGUGGCUCGGAGGAGCUCAUGAACGAAGUCCGCACCUUACGGUUCGACCCUGCACACGCUUUGUUUGUCAAGGGACACGCGGGUUGGGUGCCGGGACAAUUGACGCGCGAAAUUUCCAAGGGAGUAUGGUAUACUGCGGCUGCGUCGAGCGAUUUUAUUCUGCGCUACGCCGGCGCACCCGUUACCGAGGACGAUAACGCCAACGAUUUGUGGGCCGAUAUUCUCUCUUGCAUGGGUGGAAACUAUGCGAAGAUUGCUGGGAAACACAAGGGACGCGGGGACCAACGCGUCUUACCUUGAGUAUGGGUGUGAGCUUGACGCACAAACGAGGGUUUAACUACCAGCCAAUUGUCCCUGUUUGCUUUGCUUCCAAGAACGUGUCGUCUCGAACCCAAAAGUGUCGUUUUCCCGUAUGAUCAAAUAACGUUAGUAGAUUUCCAUUCGUAUAAAUUCACCAAAAAGAAAAAGAUUUUGCAAAGC